UAUGUAUUUUUGAUUGAGAUUGAGUUGACAUAUGUCUUGUUUGAGCAAUUGCUGUUGAUAAGAAUUUUUUUUUUUUGUUAGGUUAUUAUAUAUAUUUUUUAACCUUUAAAUAAUAAUAACUGGAGAAACUAUGGAGGCGCUUUUAGUAGUUCCAUGGCAAUCGGCGAAGUACGUAUGGAUGCUGAUGACCCUACAGAAGUACGAUUUCUACCGCGAAGUCACCCCGAUGACUCGCGUCUACACCCACCUGGAGAUGAUCAUGUUCUCAUUCGCCGUCACCGUCGGAAAGACUUUCUAUAUCCAUAUACCAAGGAGUGUCCACAAGCAUGGUGAUCUCCUGGUGCUCAUGUGGAUCGUAUAUACGCCGAUACUCUUGACAACCGCUGGCUGCUUCGCGGAGAUGGCCGCUCUGAUGCCGGCAGUCGGCGCACACUACCACUACUGCUACAGCACCAUCUGCGAGUUCGUCGCCUUCUUAGUCGGAUGGCACCUCAUCUUUGCCUACACACUCAUGACCUUGAGCAAAUGUAAAUUUUUGAGUGAAUUUAUUGAUCACAUUUUUCUGAACGGGUGGAUCUCAAGAAACCUGAAGUUUAUGGACAGGCAGACCUUCUGGUUCAUCAGCAUUCCUGGCUAUGUGGAUAUCAUUAGCGCGAUGCUUGCAAUCUCCAUGGCCUUUCAGGCGUUUUGGGCUGUGAAGUUCACGAAGAGCUUCGUCAACAUCUUAACAGCCAUCGGCAUCAUUAUUAUCUUAACCCAUAUCGUCGCCUUCAUGGCCAAGAUGGACUUCAACCACAUCAGCAUUGAAGACACAAGUGGAAACGAGAAGCUCAUAGAUACUAUGUAUGUAAUCCACGGGGCCUUGGUCGGCUAUGAAUCUCUCAGUGUUUUAGGGGAAGAAUCAAAGAACCCGACUACAACAAUACCAUUGAGCAUCAUGAGCUCCGUGCGAUUUGCAAUGGUCCUCUACACUGUCUAUACUUUCUGCAUAUCCAUCUGUGUCAAGAAAAAUGCCGGUGUCGAUCUAGAUGAAUAUAAUCCACUUGGGAGCAUAGUCAUUUUAUUGGAUAUGCCCUGGUUGUAUUGGAUUUCAACACUCGGCACGAUAUGUAGCCUCUGGGCUAGCGCAUACGGGUCCAUGUUCGUCGCGGUAAGGAUCUUGUAUGCCAUGUCUCGUGAUGGAAUGAUAUUCAGAACAUUCUCCAGGAUAGACAGGUACACUUGGAAGCCAGCCAUCCCAGCUAUUAUUUUCGGUUUAAUUACAGGAUUCUUGGUAACAUUCAUUUCCAUGAAAACUGAUAUCGGCUUCUUCAGCUUCAUUACAACCAAGAUUAUGACCACUAUUUGUCUUCUUAUAACAAGGUAUAGGUGUGAAAAAAAAACGCGGUCAUCUGAGGAAAACGAAAAACCAAAAGAGGAAGAAGGCAAGAGUUGGGUUUUGGCUAAUUACCCUGAGCAUAAGACAAGCCCAACUGAGACUACCCAUAGCAUCAGCAUGCUGCUUCUAUACAAUUCAGUGAUUUCAGGAUUGAGCGCUAUCUACUGUUUAGCAAUUCUUAUUCUUAGCGAAGCUGUGGAUAUAAAUAUUUUCAAAAUAGUCGGCUUUUUUAGCUUAGUCUUCUCCGCCAGCUUCACGAUCCUGCUUAGAUUUCAGCCUACCAACGACAGGACUAAUUUAGCCUUUAGAGCACCUUCUAUACCUUUGUUUCCGUUAGUGGCCAUAGCAGGAGAUUUCACAUGCUUUUUGAUAAUGUCCCAGCAAACUUGGGUGUAUGGGUUCAUGUGGACAGGCUUAGGUAUCGCAUUCUACUUUAUCUAUUCGAUCCGGCAUUCCCAAGAAGGCAGAAACCUCUACGCGGAUGGCUCAAGGUGGAACCCAUUGGAACCCACGGGAUCAAUCGACAAACCGCAUCCGCUGGAAAAGAGGAAAUUAUAGAUUGUUGAAGGUUAUAACAAUGACAAUACUUGAAAUAAUAAAG